AAAAGAAACGAAAAUGAAAGUUUAUUUCUGUAGACUUACUGUUAGACUGUGAAGCAGGAGCACCAAACCAGGAAACAAAAUGUCUGUUCGUUUCUAUGGUUGGAAAGUGCACCACGAUGGCGUCCACCACCUCAAAUCAGAACAAGAGCCACAGACUGGCAAAAAUUACAUCAUGUACCAUGGAACUAAGGUCGACACGGCGCGCACGAUCAUCCAGAGCGGCUUCCGUCAGUCUCCAAAAGGCAUGCUGGGACCCGGGGUCUACGUGAGCCGCAACCAAAAGAAAGCGGAGCGUUACCCGCUGAACGUGAACUUCAAUGACAAGGUGGUUCUGAAGCUAAGCGUUGACGUCGGGGAGGUCAAGAAAAUCGACACUGAUAACCACCCGAUGCAAAUGACCUGGCACAGUGCGGGCUACGACACGGCCUGGGUGCCACCCAAUUGCGGCAUGAAGGCGGUUCCGAGCGGUCUUGAAGAGGACUGCGUGUGGGACCCCAAGCGGAUUCAAGUCACUGAUGUUGCCCUGGCGCCCAAUUCCACCAUCUUGACAGAGCUCAGGCAGCUGAUCGCCGAUAAUGCUGAAUCUACCGGUGCUACUGCUGCUGCUUCCAGUGCCGGAACCUGUCAGCUGUGCAAGAGGAAAACAGGACCAGCGCACAUCACUCACGCCUGCUGGGGCUGCGGCAGCAACAUCUGCACUCUCAUGACCGAACACAAGUGCAAUUACUGGCAUACACAGUGAUGAAGCUGUGUAGAACACGGGGGUAAAGAAGUGGCAACAUGGGGGUAUAUGCAUAAAGAUGAAAUAAGGAAGAGGUGAUUUGGACUGCCACUACCCACCCAAAGCCAAUCAGGUUCCAGCUCCUUGCUAUGGCAUGGCAUGUAGCAAAUGUUGCUACUUAGGACUAUGUGCAAAUUUAGACUAAUCACACAUUUAUAAACAUUUAAUACAGAAGCACAGAUUUUGAUCUUGUCUCAGGUCAGUAGUGGAGUCUCCAGGCCUUAUAAGGAAAGUGUACAGGAAAGUGUAUUUUAUUGUUUAUUGUUUUUAUAAAUCACCUGUACAUUACAGAUGAGCUGGACAGAGAUCAGGAUUAUUUCUUUUAAACUCCUAUGCAAGUGUGCACUUUGUUUACAACGUCUGUGCCGAGCGAUCUGUGUUCUGCUCUUACAGUUUACACAUAAACGUGCCUGAUUUGUACUGUAUGCUAUAGUGAUACUACAACGACUGUUUAUGAAGAAGAAAUACUGAAUAUUUUCUUAUGUUCUAUAGCAAUAGCUGCCUUCAUGUACAAUCCUUGCCAUGAAAAAGUGAUUUUAUUGGGGAAUAAACAGACGUAUAACAAAACCGGUCGAGGCCGUUCUUAUUUACAG